UGCACCAGUGAUGUAACUUUCAUUUCCUGAUCGGUAAGGGUCACUCACAUGAGUGCAGAGUUUGAAUAGAAACCAGUUAUAGAAGCUGAAUCUUAUUUCUGCUGUCAUAUUACUGUAUUUGAAGGAUGAUACGGACGCUGUGUCGGGCCGGUGGGGCACUUUUGCAGCAGACCCAGCGGAUAGCGCCGAGGUUGUGGGUGACACCAGCGCAGCAGCGAUGGGCAUCCAGCUUACCCAUGAACACCGUGGUCCUGUUUGUGCCACAACAGGAAGCCUGGGUGGUGGAGAGGAUGGGGCGCUUCCACCGGAUCCUAGAGCCGGGUUUAAAUUUCCUCAUACCCUUACUUGACCGAAUCCGCUAUGUGCAAAGUCUCAAAGAGAUUGUGAUUGAUGUCCCAGAGCAGUCGGCAGUAUCUCUAGAUAAUGUAACACUACAGAUUGAUGGAGUGCUUUACUUAAGGAUCCUAGACCCUUUUAAGGCCAGUUAUGGUGUUGAGGAUCCAGAAUACGCCGUCACACAGCUGGCACAGACCACCAUGCGUUCAGAACUGGGCAAACUAACACUCGACAAAGUGUUCAGGGUACUGAAAGGGAGUGCCCUCAAUUCCAACAUUGUCCACUCUAUCAACCAAGCUUCAGAUGAGUGGGGAAUUCGUUGCCUCCGUUAUGAAAUCAAAGAUAUACAUGUUCCACCUCGUGUCAAAGAAUCCAUGCAGAUGCAGGUGGAGGCUGAGCGUAAAAAGAGAGCCACAGUGCUGGAGUCCGAGGGGACAAGGGAAGCGGCCAUUAAUGUCGCAGAGGGUCGUAAACAAGCUCAGAUCCUGGCGUCUGAGGGUGAAAAAGCAGAGCAGAUCAAUAAAGCAGCUGGUGAGGCCCAAGCUGUCUUAGCCAAAGCUGAGGCGAAAGCCAGAGCCAUCCGUUUGUUGUCAGAUGCUCUAACUGAACAGAAUGGAAAUGCAGCAGCCUCACUAAGUGUGGCCGAGCAGUACGUGUCUGCUUUCUCAAACCUCGCCAAAGAGUCCAACACCAUCCUUCUGCCCUCUAACACUGGUGACAUUAGCGGAAUGGUCACUCAGGCCAUGACCAUUUACGGCACGUUGGCAAAGGCAAGCCCAAAAGCUGCAGCGGAAGAGGCAGAGGUGAAGAGUGAGGAGCUUCAGAACCAAUCAGCAUCAUCUCAAUAG